AUGUCCUGGACCGACUUCUUCCAAUCCUGCUACUUCAUUCCCCCGCCCACCCUCACCGAACACAACCUCCCCUCCCAAUCAGGUCGGGUCUUCAUUGUAACAGGCGGCUACUCGGGCGUAGGAAAAGAACUCGCCAAGCUCCUCUACCAAGCCCACGGCACCAUCUACAUCGCCGGCCGCGACGCCUCCAAAGGCCAGGCCGCCAUCGAGGAGAUAAAAUCCCUCUUCCCAACCUCCGACGGAAGACUAGAGUUCCUCUUCCUGGACCUCGCAGAUCUCUCCACGAUCAAAUCCUCAGCAGAGACGUUCAUAAAGAAGGAAUCCCGUCUCGAUGUCCUGACGAACAACGCAGGCGUCAUGACACCCCCCGUCGGCUCUCGAACCGCCCAAGGCCACGAACUCCAAAUGGGCACCAACGCCCUAGGCCACUACCUCUUCACGACCCUCCUCCUCCCCAUCCUCCUCAAAACCGCCCAAAUCUCCCCAGCAAAAACCGUCCGCAUAACCUGGGCCUCCUCCCUCGCAACCUUCAUGGCCCCACCCGGCGGAAUCCUCUUCGACAUCACAACCACCACCUCCUCCCCACGCAUCCUCAACAGCCCCAUGCGCGACUACCAACAAUCCAAAUCCGGCACCAUCUUCCUCGCCCACGAAUUCCAGUCUCGUUACCCUUCCAUCGUCAGCGUCCCCUUCAAUCCCGGAAAUCUCCACUCCGAACUGCAGCGCACGCAGUCCUGGUGGUUGUGGAUCGUGACGCAGUUGCUGGCUUAUCCGACUAAGAUGGGGGCUUAUACGGAGUUGUGGGCGGGGUGGGCGGAGGAGGUUGGAGAGGAGGGGAAUAGGGGGAGGUAUGUGGGUCCUUGGGGGCGGUUUAGAAGUGUGAGGGGCGAUAUUGAGAAUAAUCGUGUUGGGGUGGAGAGGUUUGUGGAGUGGUGUGAGGAGGAGACGGCAGGGUUCCUGUAG